CCGCGCCCCGCCCCGGGCCCGCCCCCCGGGCUGGGGGAGCCGCUGGGGAGCCGUUGCAGCCGCUGCUCCAGCAGCCCAUCCGCUUGCAGCCUGCAGCCGGCGCGGAGAGGGGGACCGCUCGGCGGCCGUCCCGGCCCGCUGAAAGUCACCAUGCCCUCCACCUCUGCUUCGAGCUCGGGCUCGGCCAGCCGCCCUGCGCCCGACUACUGGAUCGACGGCUCUAACAAGGACACCCUGACCCACUACUUCGAUCUGGAGUCCGAGCUGGGACGUGGGGCUACAUCCAUUGUCUACAGAUGCAGGCAGAAAGGGACCCAGAAACAAUACGCCAUCAAAAAGUUGAAGAAGACAAUAGACAAGAAAAUUGUUCGUACGGAAAUUGGAGUCCUUCUUCGCCUUUCACAUCCCAACAUUAUAAAACUGAAGGAAAUAUUUGAGACCCCUACAGAUAUCAGCCUUGUUCUAGAAUUGGUCACAGGUGGAGAACUAUUCGACAGGAUUGUGGAGAAGGGUUAUUACAGUGAACGAGAUGCUGCUGAUGCUGUUAAACAGAUCCUGGAGGCGGUUGCAUACCUGCAUGCGAAUGGGAUUGUGCAUCGUGAUUUGAAGCCAGAAAAUCUGCUCUAUGCGACACCAGCACCGGAUGCACCACUGAAAAUAGCUGAUUUUGGACUUUCCAAGAUUGUGGAAGAUCAGGUGACCAUGAAGACAGUUUGUGGAACUCCAGGGUACUGCGCUCCGGAGAUACUGCGAGGAUGUGCCUAUGGGCCUGAAGUGGACAUGUGGUCUCUAGGGAUCAUCACCUACAUUCUACAGAGAUCACCAGAAGGAAUAGGUGCAAGAAGGUUUUCACUGGCAUAUAGAAGACUCUGUGGCUUUGAACCAUUUUAUGAUGAAAGGGGAGAUCAGUACAUAUAUAAGAGAACCCUGAACUGUGAAUAUGACUUUGUCUCUCCUUGGUGGGAUGAUGUAUCUCUGAAUGCCAAGGAUUUAGUUAAAAAGUUAAUUGUUUUAGAUCCCAAAAAACGCCUCACUACUCUGCAGGCUUUGCAGCAUCCAUGGGUCACAGGAAAAGCAGCCAAUUUUGCACACAUGGACAACGCACAAAAGAAGCUUCAAGAAUUCAAUGCCCGGCGUAAACUUAAGGCUGCAGUAAAAGCUGUUGUGGCAUCAACUCGUCUUGGCAGUGCCAGCACUCACAGCACUCAUGACAGCAACAAGCCCAGCUGUAGUGCAUCUCCUGUCCGUGACAACAAGCCCGAAGAGAAAUCCACUCAGGAAGCAGAAUCAGCUCCAGAAGAAAUGUCUUAGGUCAAUGCGAUCCCUUGCUACAGCUGAGAUCUGUCAUUUCAUACACCAGCUAACUUGUCAUUCAGCAGGACAGAUUCGUAAGCUUGGCCUCUCUGGUUCUGCUUUAGGGUGCCAAAUGCACUGCUGGUGAUUCUACCUUCAAUGCAUGUGACUACUUAUGAAAAUAAUAAACUGUUCCAUAAGGCAUGUCAAGGAAACCGUGUUAUUUGCAGUAAUGCUGGCAGGCAAAAAUAUGGGGAUGAAUAACUACCUACCAUGAUGCAUAUAUAUUUCAUAUACAUCUAUACAGUGUUUCUAGAUGUUGUUUGAAACAAAUGCUAUUUAAUUCAGUUUAUGGAAGUAAGUGUCUUCUGUAUGUCAUGAUUUUCUUUGAACUGCUUCCUUCCAUGUUCAUAACCCUGUAGUAGACAAAAUUGAAGGAAAUACAAAACCAGUGCUUUUAAAAAUAUUGUAUGAAAUAAUGCUUUUUAACUGUAAAAUUUAAAAAGUAUUUGGGGAUUUAUAUGCAAGAAACAUUCCACUAUUUCUGGGAAGAAACUGAAAUAUUAGUUCCACUGGGCAUGAAAAUGUAUGUUCCUCAAGCUUCUGUUGAGAACGCCUUACUCUGAAAUUUCUUGUUUAUAUACAACACUUUAAUGACAACCAAACUUAUUCAGCUUCCUGCUAUUUUGUUCUCUAGUAAAGCGUUAGCCAAAAAAAUGACAGAGAAAUGGGGGAGUAGAGUAGAUGCAAAUUUUUGGAAUACUGUUGCAUUUAUUUGUGACUUUCUAAACUGUGCAGCUAGGAAACAUUUUUUAUAGGGCCUUUGAGAAUAAUCUGCAAUUAUACAAGUUUUAAAUGCUUGAAGGAAGCUGUUCCGCAGUGUAGUGAUUUUGCUCUGGGGAACCACUCUGGGAGACAGUUAGUGUAAUCUUCCUGCUUCCUAGGUAAUUUAAAAUCACAAGUAACCAGUUUCCACUUGUCAGUGCAAUUAGUCCAAAUUUUCCUGUGAAAGGACCUCUCAUGCAAAGUGUUCCACAAGCACAGAUCGUUCAUCCGCCAAGAGCUCCUGUGUCUGAAGCUACAAGCUGUGUGCAUGCAGUAGCUUUCAAAAUUAGUAUCAGUCUCUUCAGCUGUCUUGAUCUUUGAAUGUGAUCAGUAGGAACUGAGAAAUUACCAGGCAUCAGUAUUUAUGACUGUUUACAUUCCUUUUAUAUCACUUUGAUAGCAUGGGGAUUUCAUGUUACUGCUAUAUUACAGAAGUGGCAAAAAGAACCUGAUGUACAAUGCUGUCAUUUGUGUUCAUUAAACUUUCUGAUGCUGAUAGUGACCCACAUCCCUUAUACACUCAGGACCCCUCUUUUGCUGUUUUUAUUUUGAUGUAGGCCGUGCACAAUUUGCCUUCAUUCAGGCUACAUUCAGUAGCUACAUUUCCUGAAGUAGUUAAAAUGAAAGGUGAUAGGACAUUACUCAUGGCAGAAGUGCUGCAUAAAAAGUAAUCUGGAUUACUAUUAGAAGGAAUACUUUGCUUGUUCAGCAAAAUGAAUGCUAAUGAACAUAUUGUUCUGGAAAUGAUUUACCCAUUUCUUAAACCCAUCGAGUUUGUGCUAAGUAUGGUUGAAAUUUGAAGUACAUGUGUCUGCCUCUUCUGGGUGAUACACUUUGAGGUGAUUUGGUAAUGUCUGCUGGAGGAGCAGGUGGGGCAAGUGGCUGAUAGAGGAGAGUAGAAGGUUCUGCCUGAGUUUGUUGUUUUGACUGUGAGCAGGCCAGCAAGACCCACUCACAGAUUCUCCCUUGGAAGAAAAUCCUUCAGAGAUAACCACUUUGAAGAAGGGGAUAGGUACAUCCACUUGGCUUGCCUUCUAGUAUCUUCUACAAAGGGGCAUGAGAACUAAUGCAUUUCUCAGCCAAAGGUUUCCCUCUCUCACAGCAACUGAAGCAUCCAAGUUCAUUGAGAUUUUGGCAACAUUUCCUCCUCCAGUGGUGAUAUUUGCUUCUGAUCUGAGGAAGUGGAACCAGUGACACAGUCGCUGCACAUAUGUGAGUGCUUGAGCAGAAAUAUAGUCUCCUGAAACACAGUGUGUCUGAGGUGAAAAGUAAUAUAGUCUUAGCUGAGUCUUAAGUCUGCUUGUUGUUAAAUUAUAACGUAGCAUGUCACAAAUAGGAACCGACACCAUGCAGCUAGAGUCUGCUCCAUGACAGUGUGAUCUCAGAUGCAGCUCAGACUUGUGCAUAAAGGCUCUGAGGCUUAAAAUGUUUUUGCUUGGUUGACUUUCAUUAUCUUCAGUGUAAAACAAUCAGAGUGUCUGUGCUGGAGGGAUUAACCAUAUGUGGCUCAGUAAAAUAUUAUGCCUUGUUUGUCAGUACUGUGCAGAAGGAACAGCAGCAUGAGGGUGUAUGCACUUACAUGAGGGGAGGAACAUUAUGUGCAUUGUUUUUGUCUAGAAAAUCACACCCCAUAAUUCAGGCUUGGGAGUGGAGAGCAACAUUUGUGUGUUACGGUGGAUAAAAAACAGGAACACACCCAGAAGAGACUGGAGGCAGGCCAGUUCCUCAUUUGUAGUUACAACUAGGUGGAAAAUUACUGAUGUUCACUGUUGAAACCCUAAGAUUUAGUCUUUUUAAACAUUCAGCAUAUCAACAGAGUUCUUCUGGUACAAAAGGGGGAAACUUGCCAUCUUUCUAAAGCAUUUGGACUUAACAAAACUUUUCCUCUAGAUGUGAAUUCUAUUAGCCAAUUAAAAGCUAAAGUUUGAAAUCUAGACUGUGAAUCCAACCUCUAUUAAACAGAUGGUUAUUUCAUGUCUUUAUACAGCAAGAAAGUUUUUUACAAGUUUGGAAAAAUCCACUCUGAAAUAGUAACAGAUUUUGUAUCAUUUUGAACACUUUGUUUGUGAUUUUGCUGAUGGCAGAUUGCACUGCAUCAGCCCAGUGCUGCCUUCUUAGCUGGCAUUCGUCCAUGGCUUUUUGCAAGCAUGCUGUAAGAUGCAGGCUUAACACAGUCAAACUUCUUAAUGCAGAAGACCCUAAGAGCAGAAGUCUGAUAUAACAUACUUCAGUCUCUGAUGGUGAGCUGGUUGUUGGGAGAUCAACAAACACUGCUGAGUAUCUCCUUUGCAAGGAUUUGUGUCUUGGUGGACAGAGUGAAAUGCUGUAGAAGGCUGUAUGAUGCUAGUAUGGAAUAAAUGCAGGAACCAAAAAGGUUUUGGAAGGGUGUCAGGCUGCAGAGAGCAGUCCCAGGCUGGAGGGGUCUGCAGCUCAGCUGUUGUUGAGUGCGGGUCACUCUCCUGCUGUUUUGCUGCACAAAAGCAUCCAUCAGGAAACAAGGACACCAGCACAAUUAGUUUCUACAGGAAGGGGAAUGAAUGUGGUCAGAGUUGUCAGUGCCAGCUCAGCAGGCAGGUAGCACUAAGCAGCAAACAUAGAAGGGCUCUGGAUAAUAAGCACCAAUUUCCAAAUGUGUGGCAGCUAUUUCUCAGCUUCCAUAUAUGUCCAUAUCAUGCUAUCAGCAAAACUCACACUAUGCAUUUUUAUUUUUCUAAGACAAGUGCGUGGAAGUAUGGGGUUCAGGUCUCUGCAGAUCUUUAUGUAGUGCCCCACAUAUUGCCUGCUUCCAGUCUGACAGGCAUGGACAAGUCUCAGCAUAGUACUCCAGCUCCUGGUUUGUUCAGGGGUUGUGUGUUUCUCUUGGUAAAUAACUCAUUUCUCUGUGGUUGACUUGUAGCUGCUGAGGCUAUUGUCAUAUAGCUUAUAUAAGUACAGUAUUCAAGUAACAAAAGUAUCUGCAUCAGGCAGAGUGAACAGUGGCAGCUAGAGCAGAGGCAAUCAUACAAGCAAAGGUAACCCAAGAGGCAGCCCUGAACUUCCUUAAAGCUACUUCACAGUGCAGUAAUAGCUCAGAAAAUGUCCUUCCCACCCUUUCAGAAUAAUUCUACUUAGAACAUACAACCACAGUGGGAAAAGGUAAUUCUGCUUUUGUAUAAAUAAAUUUGGUUUCCCUAAUAAGCCCCUGCAUAAUACAGCAUUGUAUAAAACAAAAAUCAUCAGCUGUGUUGGAACAAAAGAAAAAUGUGAUAAGAAACCUAGAGGAGAGAAACGGGAAUAAAAUAAUCACCUAGUCUAGAAUUUAAGGAUGUUGAUUUCAGGACUUGUAUGAAUUUGUAUGGAUGAGACUGUAGAUUUUCCACACAACAAAAAUUUUUGCUUUAUGUCUGGGAUUUAAAAUUUUGGGCAGAGUAAUUCAGUGAAUACUGCUGGAGGGUCAGUAUAACCACAAGCUCUUGCACUGUGAAUCUUCUAGCAUAGGAAUGUGACAACAUGCGCAUAUAUGAUUAAAAAUAUAGUAAAGGCAAUGAAAAGAAAAAAAACUACAUUGUAUGCUCUGAAUUCCCACCAGCCUGGAACACAAAACAAAAGCACUUUAUUGGAAGGCAUAUUGUGGAGGUAGGCAUAGUCCAGAAGCAGGAACUAUAAAAUAGAGUGCCCCAGUUCUGAACUUACCAAUAAAAUUAACUUUAUAGAUAUAUAUAUAGAAGUCUACAAGCACAUUUAAAUUUAUUGAAAGAUAGAGAGGUAGAGUCUGAGAGUCUCCAACAGCCACAGCAGCUGCAAUAAUUUUUUGAGCUGUCUUCUGUCAUUUGCCAGCAUUACUCAGCUGGAACUGAAACCUUAGUGUUUGACAUUCCUAUACACAUAGAUCACAUCUGGAUGAAAUUCAGUGUCAGGGGCAUGGAGGUAUGAAAGAUUAAUGAAUACGGUGGAAAAGUUUUCCCCAGUUCUGACUCCUUCCUACCAAGACACAGCUGGAAAAGAGCACUGCUUUGCCCUCUUCCCUUUGUGUGCUGUGGACAUGGCUGGAGCAGGCUGACAACAUCAGCACAGCACUGUGAGGUGGUGAGAGCUGCCAUAGAGUGUAUGAGUAGGAGAUGAGUCCAGCCCUCUAUCUUGUUGAUGUUUGUUGGCCAAGGAGCUUUAAGCAUUACGUGUUUGCUCCUAUUAAAUGCUGUAGAGGCUCUCCCAUAAUGGAAAGUUGCAGCCACAUUUUUUUGUUGUUGUUGUUUGUUUGCCUGAGAUACUGCAGCACUGCAGAAUUAUAUGAUAGUACACAGAGAGUGAAACUGUACAUUUCCACGUGGAGCUCCAAGAACAGCUGCCAGCACACACUCAAGGCUAGAGACCUGCUUUUCUCCUGCCUUAUGUCUCAUCCUGUGUCCUGGCUGCAGCCCAGGAAGGGCUGCCAUUUGCUAGAUGGAAGAAGCCACCCCACAUCUGGCAGGCUCCAUGUGCUCUGACAGACCUGUAUCACCUUGGGGCAUUGAGGAGCUCACGCCUCCUCCUUAGACUGAUUUUGCUCCAAAAGUCUGUGUAGUGCUCAAGUAUAAACAUAUUGCCUGUAGGAGUGUGCUUGGCUGAUCUCUUAUCACUAGUUAGUGUCCAGGUGGGUGAGGGUGGGGUAUCUCCUUUCCUCCCCAUUUCCUAGAAUCAUGCAGUUUUCUGGCACCUAAUUUCCUUUCUCAAGAGCAUAUAGCUGGGUGAAAGAAGUAGCACAAAGCUGUGCAACAAAUGUUGGAACUAGAAGAUAAUUCUGCACCUUGUGUUAGUUUUACACAGAAAAGGAAGGCACCUGGGCUGACUCAAGUUCUUGGGCUGUGGCAGAGCAGGGCAUGAGAGGCUCAGAGUGUGGUGAGGUGAGGUGAGAAGAGUACCAUGCAGGUUCUGCUCCUCAGCACCAGGGGCUGCUAAGUCAGCUGUGUCUUCUUUCUGUGAAGAUGUGAGUUUAGUCACCAUAAAGAAACACUGGGCUCAGGAACCUUGAAAGAUGUCGUGUGUGCUACAUAUGACUAAAGAUCUUAAUACCAGCUGAUAAUAAUUGUACUCUUAUUUUUGCAGCAUUGCCACUUAGAGUAUUGGCAGAAGAUGCAGAAAAGUCUGUUCAUAAUAUUUCGUCCCUAUUAUUGGCUGGAGCUGUGAACAAAUAUCUGCUUUAUAAUACAACACUGCAGAAUCAAUCAUUGCACCUACAUAGCUACACAUAGGGAAAGAAAAUUAGAAAGAUGACUGUAGUCCUUAUCCCUUUGCUGAGCAGGACUGAGAUGAAGCUCUUAAAUGAAAUUAGUGUGUAUUAGGCUCCAGGUAGUUACUCUGGUAAUGCAAAAGGCAAGGCGAACCCUUAGGAGUGGUUUAUAGCUAUGAAUGGCAUGUGAUCUCCGGAGACAACAUUCUCCAGUAGCCGCUGAGCCAUAUUCAUUUGCCUCAGAAUCAUGCUUAGAGUAUUACUUUAUCACUCCAGCCCUUGGUAUUAUCUCUCCCUUGGACUUUAGAGCUAAUGCUGCUGAUAAUAAAGCUUCUGUGUUAAUCUAAGAAAUGUAAAUUGGUUGUGCACAAAGCCUGCCACACCUCUCUGACACAGCAGCCCCUAGGAAUGCUGUUUUCAUUCUCUUUCAAAGCAAUAGCACCAAGCACAUUGGCUGUGACAAGGCCACGCAGUUAUAAUCCUACACAGGAAUUCUGUUUCUUCCUCCUGGGCAGGACAGAGGAGAUCUAGAUUUUGCAAAUGUCCAGUGAUCAACUUUCCAGUUUCAUCCACAUUUAGCUAGCAAAACUGGGUAUAUAAAGAGUGAAGUGCAGAAGUCUAUGGUUGUCUAUCUGAGACAUCGCUGUUAAGAUCUGUCUUCUGUUUGCUGUUAACUAUAAUGAAUUAAAUAAAUUGGCCUCAUCACAGAAGUAAAGGCAAUCAUGGGAUGAUGUCUUAGCAGAUUAAUACAGAGUGUAUAAACCUCACAACCAUCCAAAUAUAAUCUCAAAGAAGUUGUAUGGUAAUGCAAGAAAUUUAAGUCCCAUACCUGCUGGAACCAAAGCAUCUAGGAAAAACAAAAACCAAAAUUCUUAAUUUUGUUGCUUACAAAUCCUAACUUAACAUAAACCAGUGCAACCACUGCAGUUCCCUAAGCACUGCCAAACGAUAAAGUCCUGCAGCAGGAAAAGGAGGAUUUUUCUACAGUGCACAUCAAAUAGAGCUCUAGAGCUCCUCCUCAGCUUUCUCUGCACAACAAAAUGGGGUGAAGUGUCUCUAAGUCCUUUUUUCAGGGUCUCAGGUUCCCUUGUUUCUGUCAAUCAAUCGUGCUUAUGAAAUAUGAGCAAGUAAAUCAUUUAGGUGGAAGAUACUCACAACUGACCUCACUGUUCAUUUAUUAGAAACCAAAACUGUUCUGUUUAUAUUAUUAAUGCAUCUCCCAGACAUUGCCUUGGCUUGCUAUGGAUGUGUCUUCCUCAGAGCUGUGUUGUUUCUCCAGAAGCUGGCAGUAGUUUUUAAUGUAACUCUGUUGAGAAACAUUCAUGAAACUAAGCAGAGUGGACAAUAUGCAUAUGGAUAUUUAGAAAACAUAUAUCUCUGUAGUGCUGUCCUCCCAAGAACUGGCCUGGGUAACAGCAGGACCUGGGGAACAGCAGGGCCCAGGGAACCCAAAGAGCAUGGCAGGAUGUCCUAGUUGGGCACUGCCACCAUACUGCCCUCACUGCAGAGAUGGGCACCUUGAUCGCUGUGCUCAGAUCUUCACCAGCCUGGCUGCAAGAGGAUAGUGACUGCAAACCAUAAGAGCUCUUAUGAGAGUAAUUUCAAACAAGAGCUUGCUGCUGUGAGCAAAUCCCAGCUUGGUGCCAUUACACAUAACAGGAACCAUUUGGUUAUUCACAACACAUGCUCCUCAUGAGAAGUCAUACUAGUGCUCCUGAUUAAGGAGCAGAAAUUUUUUUUAAUGUUCCAAAGGGGACUUUUGGGGACUUUCUUCUCCCUCUCUCUCUCUCUCUCUCUCUCUUUCACUAUUUUCUUUUGACAGAAGAAAGAGUGUUAAGAGACCUAUGCCAGUGAGCAAGUGAACUCCAAAGUGAUUAGGAGAAAGAUGGGAAUGGAAAGGCAUGACUAGAGUUCUUAGGACUAAGAUAAAUAGAACAGUCUUUAAGAAUAGGAAGAGUGAUUGAGUCAGCCUAGGCAUAGGAGCAGGAGGAAGAAAGAUACUUCCUUACUGGGGAGAAGAAAUGCAUCUGUUCCACACAUCUGUGCUGGGAUGUCCUUGCAAGCUUAGGAGGCUCUGAACAGAGUGCAGCUGUCUGCUACAGAGCCCUGCAAAGGAGCUCUUAGCCAAGUCACUCACCAGCUUAAGCUGUUCUUUUCCUGAGGGGAUUCAGUUUGUGAAGGUCUAGUGCCUUCCUUGGCCUUGAUUGGCUCCUGGUGGCUCCUGUCCCUGAAGCUUGGUGUGGAAAGCUUUGAGCUCAUGCUAAUUCAUGCAAUGGUAGGGGAUGUGCUGCUAAGACAAACUGACUAACUAUGUUACUGACUUGGUACUGACUUUUUCAAAUUAUCUCCAUGUCCUGUGUACCUGACUCCUGCUUUUACUACUUUAUGUCUAAGAACACCUGUACUAUCAAUACUGAUUGCUUGUACUAGUAAAGGCAUAAGUGACUUAACAGAAAUUCAUGGACUGCUUGUUUGAUGGUGCACAUUUACUUCACACUAAGCCUGUUUGUGUAGUAACUUUCUGAUACUCUGUAAAUGAACCAGAGAGAACCUGGAAAAUUUUGUUGUAUAAGCGUGUUGUAUUUGGGACCAAUAUACCUGCUUAUGUGCUUGUAUGAAAAUGCCAAUAUGACACAAGAAUGUGCUUGUAUGAUGGGAAGUCUGUUCUUAAUAAGUGACUUGCAUGACUGAUCUGGUGCUAAAUAAACCAGUUCAUCUA